AUGAACAUGUGGGGGGAUAGGACACCAUCUGAGUUUCUUCGUCAUCUGCAAGAACUCAGCGUCACUCCAUUUGAGGACAAUCCUCUGCUGAGGAAAUUGUUAUUCUCUCAUUUUCCACCGAAUGUCCAAUCGAUACUGACCACAAUGGCCAACUCCAAUUCGCUUGAUCAGAUAGCCACCAUGAAGUACAAGAUCAUAGAGUUUACUGUGCAGCCUGCACCUCACCAUACUUCUUCGGACCCUAUAGUAGCUUCCCCUAAUACUGCAAAGUCUCCUAACUUGUCACGUGACGACAUUUUGGAGAGAGUCAAUACAUUAACACAUUGCAUGGACACACUGUGGCAACAAUAUGCCAGCUCUCAUCGUCCUCGCAGCAGAAGCCAUUCUAAGUCACAGUCGUCUAGUUCUACUCCAACAGUUUCCAAUCUCUGCUGGUACCAUGCCACAUUUAAGGGCAAAGCCCAUUGA